UUCUGUUCUUCACACGUGCACUGUUUUAGUUGGACAACAUAUAAAUUCAUGGGUUUAGGGUUUAAGAGAGCAGUUGAACGUUGUGUAGGGGAAUAAGAUGGGUGCAGACAAAGGGAAGAAACAAAAAGUGGAUGAAGAAAACAACAUUGAUGGUGACCUUGUUUUUUCCAUUGAAAAAUUGCAAGAAAUUCAAGACGAGCUUGAGAAGAUUAAUGAAGAAGCAAGUGAUGAAGUAUUGGAAGUGGAACAGAAGUACAAUGAGGUCCGCAAGCCUGUCUAUGAUAAGCGAAACAACAUCAUUAAAGCUAUUCCAGAUUUCUGGUUGACUGCUUUUUUGAGCCAUCCUGUCCUAGGUGAACUUCUAACUGAAGAAGACCAAAAGAUCUUCAAGUUUCUUAGUUCUAUUGAAGUGGAAGAAUCUAAAGAUGUGAAGUCGGGCUAUUCGAUCACCUUUAACUUCAGUGCAAAUCCUUAUUUUGAAAAUACAAAGCUCUCAAAGACCUAUACCUUCCUUGAAGAUGGACCGACAAAGAUUUCUGCUACAACAAUAAAAUGGAAAGAAGCCAUGGGCAUCCCUAAUGGAGUUUCUCAUGAGAAGAAUGGAAACAAGCGAUCUCAUGCUGAGGAAAGCUUCUUUACAUGGUUCGGUGAAGUCAAUCAAAAAGAUGAGGAUGAGGAUGAGGCUCUAGAGAUUCAGGAUGAGGUUGCUGAGAUAAUUAAGGAUGACUUGUGGCCGCACCCGCUCACGUAUUUUAACAAUGAGCCUGAUGAAGAAAAUUUCGAUGGGGACCAGUCCUCCGAAGGUCAAAAGAUCAUAAUGGUCAUUGAGGGUGGGAGAAAACUGCGGACUCGAGUGGAACUUGAGGGUAAGGAGAGUGAAGGCUCUGAAGACGAUGAGGAGGACGAAGAUGGCGAUGAAGAAUGAAAGGAGAUAAACACCUAUCUUAUCAUAGGCUAUCAUCUUCAAUGUUUUAAUCAUUGGGGUUUGGUGUCUGUAAAGAUCUAAAAGAUGAAAAAUUACAGUGGUGACUAAUUUUUCUUCUUCUACUUGUAUGGUUGGUUAUAAUAAAAUAUCUAAUUUCAGAGGUUUCAUUUACGUUUGCCUUCAAUAGAUGGAUACAAAUUCAUAA